AUGCGCCACAGAUUCUGUCCAAGCAUUUGCCGUCUCCCGGCUCGCCAGAUUCCUCGGCUUCCAAGGGACCCCGCAAAGUUGCCUGAACAGUCGGGACCUUCGCAGGCACUGGUGUCUAGCCGCCCUCAUGCAGAGGUGACCGUUGAGACGCCCCAGAAGCGGAUAGCGCAAGCUAUCAAACCAAGACCUAAGAGCCUGCAAAGUUCGUCUUGGGCGACUGUGCAACAGGGCACACUCGAAACGCCCUCGAAGAAGAGGGCGAGCCCGUCGCAGGCCAAGUGUUUAGCCGCAUCUUCUUGGGCAGGGCAUGGAGAGAAGGAUACCGUCGUGCCAGACGUGAGUGACAUCUUCGAGACCGUUCUCCAGUCCUCAUUACCCGGUUUCUUGAGCGACGUGAACGGAAUCCACUACCAAAAGUGGCUGAAGCGCAACGGCCUUGAGCAUGGGCCAGAUCCUGUCAAGUUCGAACAAGGUAUCAAACGUCAGACCGGUCUUUAUAUGGAAGAGGCACCUGAGGAAAUGCACAACGGUGAUACUAUGACCAUUACCCGACCUAGGACCGGUUUUCGCUUCCAGACUGCAGAUUGGCUUGAUACGCCUUUGCGUACAGGCUCUAUCACCAGCUCGAGCCCUCAGUCUUCAUCUGGUUCAUCUUGUCGCCUUGAAUCUGAUGGCGCGUCUCAAUCCCCCCCGGGCAUCCGGGCGUGGUUUCAUCCGACCCCACGCAGAUUCUUCAAUUCCAGCUCCCCUUCGCCCGCUGUCCCUCCGUCCGGGGGAUCUGGAAGUUCUCAAGAGAACGGUUUCGACUUUAUUGACUUGACUUCGGGCACUCAGGAUGAUCCUCUCGUCAUCUCUGACUCUGAGGACAGCGACAUUGAGUAG